GACUCACUGUAUAGGGUGACUGUACCAACGGACGCUACGGCAGUCCGCAGCCGGCAUAGGUUCAGUUGGCAGCAAUACGCACAACGAGAAGGUCUAUCAUGGCUGAUAUUUCGAACGAAGAGCUCCGUAAAGAAAUCACCGCUAUCCUUAAGGAUGCGGAUCUUACCACCAUGUCUGCUAAAAAAGUAAGGCUACAGAUUGAAGGAAAACUUGAUAUAGAUCUCACCGAAAGGAAAAAAGAAGUAGACACUUUAGUCAUGGAGUGUUUGCAAGAAAAACAAGAUGGAGCAAAGAAGAAGAAGAAGACUGCUAGUGAAGAAUCUGAAGAUGGAGAAGAGGAAGAGGAGGAAGGAUCAGAGGAAGAAGAGGAGGAGGAAGAAAAGAAGCCAGCCAAAAGAAGUCCUGCAAAGAAAACAAUGAGUAAGCGUAAGAAGGGAUCUUCUGAUGAUGAGGAGAGUGCAAGUGAUGAUGAUGCUAGUGAUGAAGAAUAUAACCCAAAGAAACCAAAAGCUACUCCUAAGAAAAAUAAACCAGGCAAGAAAGGAAAAAAGAAAGGUAGUGACAGCGACAGUGAUGAGGAUUGGGGUAAGGUUAAGAAAGCUCAAGGUGGUGGAGCAAAGAAAGGUGGCGGAGGCGGUAAAGGUGUGGGAGGUAAGGGCGGUUACACGCGUGCUAUAACAUUAUCUCCGGAACUUGCUGCUGUUGUUGGUGCUGAACAGAUGGCUCGACACGAAGUCGUAAAGAAGAUUUGGAGUAUCAUUAAAGAAAGAAAUCUUUAUGAUCCUAAAAAUAAGCAAUAUGCACUCUGCGAUGAUGAAUUAUUAAAAGUAAUUGGAGUAAAACGUUUCAGAACUUUUGGUAUGAUGAAAUAUCUUAAAAAUCACUUUAUAGAUUAAAGUCAUCCUCGAACCAUGGAAUCUGACAGAUUAUAAACAUUGUAUAACAUAUUCCAAGAUGCAAUGAGCAUCUCUCCAUCUUUCUCACACGGUACAUACAUAAAUAUACAUACAUACAAACACAAACAUAUUUCUUGCGACUUAAGACUUUAGCCAUGUUUACAUCAUUCCGAUGAACUCUGUUGUCCAUGGUAGCUGCUUUAUCUUAUUGAAUAUUUGCAAUGUAGCAUCUUAAUUUAUGGGCAUUAUUAAAAGUGUGGCUCGUUAACAUUGUUAAAAGCUGCCCAAAAUGUGUACGCAAAUGAUGACCCACAAGUAGGAAUCCAUGUAGAUUUGGUCAAUGUCAUGAUAUAAAAAGGAAGGGUUGGUACCAUGGACGUGCGGAUGAUUUCGAAAUGUGGAAAACAUUAAAAUGGCCGAUAGUCAAUAAGCUGGUUUUAAGUCAAUGUAUUCAGAGUUAAUGUUUUUUUAUUGUUUGCCUGGUGGUUAUUGUAAACAGUUUUUUUCAUCAAACAUGAAAAUACGGUGUGCCAUAAAUGGCAGUAAAAAUGAAGUAAACUGCUUUAAAAUUCUUCAAAAAUUCAUUCGUUCAACAAUGAAUUUUUGUUUUUUUAUUUUAUUAUGUGACGGUCAACAUUUCAAGCAGAGUAAAUAUAAAGAAUUCCAAUAGCAAUUAUUACAGUUGUAUUUAUUUUUUUUUUUUUUAUUGCAAACUGCCGCUCAAAUAUCACACAAUAUUUUCAUCUUCUUAUUUUUAACGUUGGUUACUUUCGGCAAUGGAUGUAACUGAGAGAUAAACAGUUUUGACAGCAGAAAGAGAGAGAGAGAGAGAGAGAGAGAGAGUGAGAAAAAGAGAGAGGGGUAAGAGGGGAAAUGAUAUGUGGUAAGGCUAAAAGAAUAUGAUAAAAAUUAAGAGAAAGACAAUGCGAAAAAUCAACAUCCUGUACCUCUUCUGUAUAAUUGUUACAUUAUACACUAAAAUUAUUAUUAAGCAAAAUUUAAUUGUAUUAUCAUGUAAUUAAUAAUUAUUGUCGUAAUAUAGGUUCUUGGUGUAAAAAAUUGACCUAACUUUUAAGAUUUAAUGGUAAAAUAAUGUAUUCAGUGAAGAUACGAUGCAUGCAUAUUAAAAGUCACAAUAUGUGCAGCACUGCGUAAUGUUGAAUUGUAGAAAAUAAGAUAGGUUGAUGAUGCGAGGUAUAGAAUUACUCCUAGUGUGGAUAUUCACACCUCGUUGUAUGGAAAAAUUUGUGUAUUUUGAAUAUAAAUUAAUGAAUGCUGGCCUAAAUUAAUGGGAGCCACAAUGAAAUCAUUUCAAACGAUUAAUAAUAAUGAAAACAUUACAAUGGAGAUAAUGAUAAACGUAUACAAGGAAUAACAAAUUAUAAUAUCAGUUUGUUUUUUAAACGAAGAAAAGUACAGGUUAUGCCCUGAUAUUUCGUGAAUGUAUUUGAGAAUAUUAUUAAAAAAUAUUGCUUUCAUUUUUUUUUUAA